AUGGUUGAAACUACAUCACCGUCUCGUGAUGUAAAAAAACGACAUAGAAGUACAAGUAAAGAAAGAGAACAUCGUCAUCAUCGAUCACAUCGUGAUGGUAAUGAAAAAAAACAUCGACAUUCAUCACCUAAACGAUCAAAAUCACCUGAUUCAAAACGUCGAAAAAAUGAUGAAGUUAAUAAAGUAAAAAAACAAAAUGAGGAUGAUAUUGAAGAAGGAGAAUCAACAAUUAAUGAAACAACAACUACAACAACAGUAAAUAAUAAUGAAACUAAUGGAACAACUACUACAAAACGUGUACCACUUUCAUUAGAAGAAAUGCUUGAAAAAAAUAAGAAAGAACAAGAAGCAAUUGCAAAACCCAAAUUUAUAACUAAAGAAGAACGUGAAGCUGCAGCAUUACGACGACGACAAGAAGAAGCUGACGCUAUUCGUCAACGUAAUGAUGAAUUGCGUAAAAAAUAUUCUUCAUUCAAUAAGGAAGCUGAACAAACAGCUGCAAAAGAGGAUCGAGAACGUGAACGAAAAGAACGCGAUCGUCAUCGACGUGAAAAAGAAGAACCAACAGAGCGACCAAAUACUUCAAAUGCUGAUGAAGAACGUGAAGAAGCAGCUGUCAAAGAACGAUAUCUUGGCAUUGUUAAAAAAAAACGUAAAGUUCGUCGUUUAAAUGAUCGAAAAUUUGUUUUUGACUGGGAUGCUGGUGAAGAUACAGCUGUUGAUUAUAAUCCAAUCUAUAAAGAAAAACAUCAAAUACAAUUUUUUGGUCGUGGUCAUAUUGCUGGUAUUGAUAUUAAUAAACAAAAAAAAGAUCAAUCGAAAUUCUAUGGUGAUUUACUUGAAAAACGACGUACACAAGGAGAAAAAGAUCGAGUAACAGCUCGUCUUAAAUUUGAUCGAGAAAAAGAUGAAAAACGUCGUUAUGAUGAACGUCAUUGGUCUGAUAAAACUUUAGAAGAAAUGGCUGAUCGUGAUUGGCGUAUUUUCAAAGAAGAUUAUAAUAUAACAACAAGAGGUGGAAAUAUUCCACAUCCAUUACGAUCAUGGGAUGAAGCUGGACUUGAAAAAGGCAUUAUUGAUGUUAUUAAAGCUGCCGGUUAUAAGGAGCCAACACCAAUUCAACGACAAGCUAUUCCAAUUGGUUUACAAAAUCGAGAUGUAAUUGGUAUUGCAGAAACUGGUUCUGGUAAAACAGCAGCAUUUCUUAUACCUUUAUUGGCUUGGAUUCGAUCAUUACCACCAGUUGAUAGAACUCUUGAUGCUGAUAAUGGACCAUAUGCACUUAUUUUAGCACCAACUCGUGAAUUAGCACAACAAAUUGAAGAAGAAGCAGUUAAAUUUGGAAAACCAUUAAAUAUAAUUGUUGUCUCAGUUAUUGGUGGUUUAUCUCAUAUGGGUUUUGAAGCUGAUGUUAAACGUAUUCUUGAAUAUUUACCAGUUACAAAUCAGAAACCAGAUAAUGAACUCGCAGAAGAUACAAGAGAUUUUGGUUCAAAAGAUAAAUAUCGUCAAACAGUAAUGUUUACAGCAACAAUGACACCAACUAUUGAACGUUUAGCACGUACAUAUCUUCGUCGUCCAGCAUCUGUUUAUAUUGGUUCAAUUGGUAAACCAACUGAACGUGUUGAACAAAUUAUUAUUAUGUGUUCAGAAAAUGAGAAACGUAAUAAAUUACUUGAAAUUCUUGAACGUGGUAUUGAACCACCUAUUAUUAUAUUUGUUAAUCAAAAGAAAGCUGUCGAUAUUUUGGCUAAAGGUUUAGCUAAAAAAGGAUAUAAUCCAUGUACAUUGCAUGGUGGAAAAGGUCAAGAAAGUCGAGAUUUAGCUUUAGCUCAAUUAAAACAAGGUCAAAAAGAUAUUCUUGUUGCAACAGAUGUUGCUGGUCGUGGUAUUGAUAUAAAAGAUGUUUCAGUUGUAUUAAAUUAUGAUAUGGCUAAGACAGUUCAAGAUUAUACACAUCGUAUUGGUCGUACAGGUCGUGCUGGCAAAGCAGGCAAAGCAAUAACAUUUUUAACCAAAGAAGAUUCAGCUGUAUUUUAUGAUUUAAAAGAAGUUAUACUUGAAUCACCUGUAUCACAAUGUCCACCAGAAUUACUUAAUCAUCCUGAUGCACAACAUAAACCUGGAACUGUGGUUACUAAACGUAAUAAAACUGCAAUUCUUUGUGCAUAA